AUGCAGGCAAUGCUGAGGGCGGCAAGCACACCGCGGGACAGGCUAUGGCUCAGCACGGCGAUUGCACUCGCGCUGCAGGCGCUGUACGGAUACUUGCUGGAGGGCAACUUACUGAUCCUCUUCUACCGAGCUGUUGUGGCGGCAUCGCUCAACUCGGCGCGCAUGGCAUCGCGAUCGACCCUUGUCUCGCGCAUCGUCGUCCUCAACCUCCUCCCGGUCGCCUUCCAUCUCUUCACCACGCCGGGCACGCCGGCGGACUCGUUGCUGCUCUCGUUUGUGGGGCCUGGCCAUCCGCCGUCGCGAUUCGGCCUCCUUCUUCUUGAUCUGCUCACAGGGAGCUUGCACUACCUCUUUGCUCUUGCCGUCAUCUAUCCCAAGGCGCAGGCGGCGCUGGCGGCUUCGGCCGUCGCGUCUGUCCGCGGCGGAUCGCAUGGCGGCAGCUCUUCGCGGCGACGGACAGGCCACUCGGUCCUUGAUGCUGAGAGCGACAACGGCGCAGACUCGCUCGCCGUCCUCGGCUACGCGCUUCCGGGCGCGUCGGCGUCGGCGGCGGCGGCGGCAGCGGCAGCGGGCGUCUUUGCUGACGACUCGUCGGACGCGGCCGACGCCGCCCUCGCUUCGCGCCCUGACAUUGCCGAGCUCGUCUCGGCGCCAGGGCUCGACUUUUCUGGCAACAAUCUGCUGUGAGGGCUGCCGUCGACGGACUGGCGUUUGCUUGGAGCCACAAUGAACACGUGGUGGGCCGCC